CCUAAGUGACCGCGCGGCGGCCUCGGUGGUGGAUUGAGCGCGUCUGAACGGGCGUCCUCGGCGGCGAGGCGCUGUCAUGGCGGGCCUGCUGAAGAAGACCACUGGCCUCGUGGGGUUGGCGGUGUGUGAGAGUCCGCACGAGAGGCUAAGAAUAUUGUACACAAAAAUUCUUGAUGUUCUUGAGCAAAUCCCUAAAAAUGCAGCAUAUAGAAGAUAUACAGAACAGAUUACAAAUGAGAAGCUGGAUAUGGUUAAAGCAGAACCAGAUGUUAAAAAAUUAGAAGACCAGCUUCAAGGUGGCCAAAUAGAAGAGGUGAUUCUUCAGGCUGAAAAUGAACUAAGUCUGGCAAGAAAAAUGAUACAGUGGAAACCAUGGGAGCCUUUAGUGGAAGAGCCUCCUGCCAACCAAUGGAAAUGGCCAAUAUAAUCAUCAUCAAAUGACUUGUGUGUUGAAGGGAAGCUGAUGUAAUUAAAUGUUCUGUUAUAUCAAAAAUGUUUCCAUAUUAUUGACAUCUUAUAAUCAAGAGAACUGAUGAUGUAGAACAUAUUUAAGAGAUUUGUUAAAACUGAUAAUUAUAGUAAUAGGGACGUGUUGAAUCAGUUUUUGUUUUAGCAUUCAUUCACAUUAUUUCAAAGAUGACAUUUUCUUAAAAAAUAGAGGUUCUAGAAAGAUAUGAAAGUUGGAAAAGUUCCUGUUUCAAUGCAUAGGCCAUAUAUUUGAUAAGUGAAAUAUUUUUAGUAGUAUCUUUAACACCUUUAAUUUUUAUUCUGAAGAAACCAGAAAGGAACUUAUUGCUUAAACAAAUGUAUAGGCCACUGUUUACAGUGAACUAGCAAGAACAAAAACCAUUAAAUUAGAAUUCAUUGUACAGUUGAGGAAAUUGAUUUUGUAUUUGAAAGAAAGAUUUCUUAUAAUUGUAGUUGGAAACCUUUUUUGUUUUUAUUUUUUGUCCCAUUUAAGGAAGUUAGGUUUCUGGUCCUUAAUCAAACUACAUCAGGAUAGAAAGAGACUUUGUGUGAAGGAAGAGAUAUUAAGAGUUCCUAAAGUUUAUCUGGCAUAUGGAUAGGCUUAUAUUGAAAACAUCUUAGUUGUAUGGUUAUAACUUCCAAGUGGAAUCACUAAGUAAUGUUUACUAAGUUUCUAAUAUGAGUAUAGCUGAGUAUCAAACAAGAUAAAGCUAUUCAAGGAAAGAAGCAAUUGAUAAGUUUAAGGUAAAAAUAAAAUUACUUUUCAGGUG